GAAACUGACCUCAAAAAAUUGCAUAAAAUUCCGCAGAAGGAAAAGAUAUGGCAGUUUGAUCAGUUGAGAUCCAUAUUAUUUGGAUAAUCCAAUUGAGACAGAGAAUAUGGGUCACAGUGGCCAGUGGACCAUGAUGCAUGAUGCAUGAUGGCAGGAUGCAACCUGAAACGUGCGGCAAAAUGACUGCAGAACUCCCAAACCCGAAAAGGAAACUGUCUUGUAUUUCUGCGUGCACUGAACCCACUUCAGGUUAUGUUCUCUUUGAAGCAACUUGGAGCAUUAACACAUGCACGCGUUCUACUGCGCUCUGGGCGACCGGGUUCUUUACUUCAAACAGCGCCAUUGAGUGGCUCAUCGAUCAAGUCCCUUCAAGAUGCUUUUCGGGACCCAUCUUCGCCAUUUCACAUUGCGCCUGGAGAGACAGGGCCUGAAUCUCCAGACGCUCCUUCCUCGCCCCCAGAUCCUACUCCAUCUCAGUCCAACCACCCCGCUGCAGUUGGCUCGCCGGCUGAGAACGCCAAAGCUAAGCUGAUUUCUAUGGGUUAUGACGCGGGGUCAUUAUGGGAGCAGAGCAUCGUAUGGGGACACCAAGAUUCAUUUCGACACGUUAACAAUGCGCACUACCUGCGAUUCAUUGAGUCGGGUCGCAUGGUGUGGCUCGUGGCCCUCGGAAAGGCACUUGGUGGUGAAGAACGCGUCAAGGCAAUGCUCGCAGGUCAGGGAGUCUCACUCAUACUCAAAUCAGCAAGCAUCAAUUUUAGGAGACCAGUGACGUUUCCUGACACGCUUUUGAUUGGGCACAAGCCGAUUAUCUCGUCGAGCCGCACACAGUUUACUCUGAACGCAGUGCUUUAUUCGUAUUCACAGCAAGCCAUCGUUGCGGACUCGGAUAGCAUGCUUGUUUGGUACGACUACGACAGCCUGAGGAAAUGUAACCCAGGAGAUGACACAUGGCGCAUUCUGAAUGCCGCCUCGUAGGAUGGUCAUGUGGACCACUGAUACCCGUGUGUUCUCGUCGAGCUCAAACUUGGCAUAUGUAUAGUAAAUUGGAUAUUUGACAUUCUUGACCCAGACCGUCUCGCCGCAAAUCAGACCAUGAGGUAUCCAGACUGUAUGCUCUGAGCUGAGUCUGACACAGUGGACAAGGCUAUGUGGGUUUCGCAGCCCGGAGGCGGCGAGCAAGGCCUAAUCAGGCUAGGACGAGGCCCGAGAGACUAAGUGCGCAGUCCCUGUUCAUG